AUGUCGAAGCUGAGGGAACACUCGAAGGUGGUGAACGUCACCAAGACAUCGAUCCUGGCAAUCCAACGUUUUGCUGAUGCUUUUAAUGCAGCGACUGACGAGGACAAGGUUUCGUUCCGCAUUCAGCGGCUCGAUGACCUCUUUGAGCGAUAUAUGACGGCUUCGGUUGACCUUGAGCUGUUGACCGAUGACGACGACAAAGUUGCGACACAAAACAUCACCAAGGAUAGGUCGGACGUCGAGGAACAGUAUUUUACCCUCCGCGACUUUCUGGUGUCCAAAAAACCUUUUGUACCCGUCCCCGGCAAUCAGGUCCCCACAGCUCCGGUGCAAUCGGUUGUACGUCUUCCCCAAAUCGAGCUCCCCAUGUUCGAUGGUGAACUUGACAACUGGAUUCCUUUCCGGGAUGCAUUCAAAUCGUUAAUCCACAACAACAAUAGCUUGAGCGCGGUUGACAAAUUCCACUAUUUGAACUCCGUGUUGGACCCGCGUGUCAAACAGCUGUACGAUUCCACCAAGGUUACUGCAGCAAACUACAAAAUCACGUGGGAUCUGCUGGUGGAGCGGUUUGACCAAAAACGGUUUUUGAUAAAGAACCACAUUUCCGCUUUGUUCAACGUGGAAGCCAUCGCGAAAGAAUCGGCGGACGCCAUUUUGAAUUUGAUUGACCAGUUUGACCGCCAUGUUCGAAUUCUCAAGACAUUGGGCGAGUUGACUGACAAAUGGAGUCCACUCUUGGUGCACAUGGUGUGCACGCGGUUGGACCAGAGCACGCUGCGGGCAUGGGAAGUGUCCACCAAGGAAACAGUUGACGAAAUCCCUGCCUACCAAGACUUGGUCGAGUUUCUCCACGAACAGGCUCGUGUGUUGCAGUCCUUGAAAAGCGCAACAGUUUCCCCAAGUCCAGCUGCCCCUAAGGAAAAGUCCCGAUUCUCUGUCGCCCACGCCGCUACCAAGCCAGCUACGAACAUCCCUGGUUGUCCUGUCUGCUCGAAGUCCCAUCGCAUUUACGAAUGUGAUCAGUUCCGCCGCAUGACGGUGGAGCAACGACAGGAAGUCGUUCGCAACAAAAAGCUGUGUUGGAAUUGCUUGUCGUCCGCUCACUUCAGUCGCAACUGUACCUCGAGGGCCUGCCGCUGUGGAGAGAAACACCACUCGCUGUUGCACCCGUCCCCCUCGAACGGUCAGUCCUCGCAACCUCGAUACACUGCUGUCCCGCACAACACACCCAAGGGAAGUAGUUCGAGCUUUCAACCACACGCUACACGAGACACACAGUCCUCCCCCACCAAUACAAGCCCCCCUCACGCACCCACCACGCUGAAAGUGGAAGCCGCCUCUCCUGAGUCUCCCCGCGCGACUGCCCUGUCGGCAUCGCAAGGCUCGAAGGCGCAGCAAACUACCGUGCUGCUGUCCACGGCGGUAGUCAAGGUUCACGGACCUUCCGGAAAGAGCACCCUGGCGCGUGCUCUGCUGGACUCCUGUUCGGAAAUGAACUUCAUAACCGAACGAAUCGUUCAACUGCUCGGGUUGAACCGUGCGAAGCAAGUCACCACCAUCUGCGGUAUGGGUGGAGUCAAGACACAAAGCACGCACAGUACCGUCGCCAUGUUCAGCUCCCUCAACUCGUCGUUCUCUGAGACCCUGACCUUCACCAUUCUGCCCAAGAUCUCGAACAGUAUUCCCGCCAGACCUGUCGAUACAUCGCGGUGGAAUCUGUCCUCCCAACUGGUUCUGGCCGACCCUGGUUUCGCAACCCCCCAAAAGAUCGACAUGGUAAUCGGUGCCCAGCUGUUCUACGUUCUGCUUCAAGCAGGUCAAAUGUUCGUUGGUGAUGGUCCCGGUCGCUACCCAAUGCUCCAGCAGACUGUUCUCGGUUGGGUAGUCAGUGGUCCGGUGGUCCAAGAAGGGAUGAAGUCGGAGACUUCAAGCACUGCUAUGGUCUGCACCGCCGAUGAUCUCGAUCAGCGGCUCGCAAAGUUCUGGGAGGUUGAAACAUGCUACAGCCCUAGCUGUCUGUCCAAGGAAGAGUUGAUCUGCGAACGUUUCUUCGCCGAUACAACCACUCGAGAUGAGUCUGGUCGAUUCAUCGUUCGUCUCCCGAAAAAGCAACUAGCUCUGAGUCAACUUGGCGACUCAAAAUCCUCCGCUCUGUGCCGGCUGCGCUGGAUGCAGCGACGCUUAGAGAAAAAUCCCCACCUGAAAGAGCAAUAUGUCGAUUUCAUGCAAGAAUACCUCGACCUCGAGCACAUGGUUCCCGUAGACGCGCCUCAAGACAACACCCAAGAACCGCCAUUUUAUUUGCCGCACCACGCGGUGGUCAAGCCUAGCAGCUCCACGACGAAGUGUCGCGUGGUUUUUGAUGGGUCCAGCAAGUCUUCUACGGGAAUAUCGCUGAACGACUGUUUGAUGGUAGGGCCAACGGUUCAAGACACCCUAUACUCCAUUGUGUUGCGUUUUCGAAUGCAAGAAGUUGCUCUGGUGGCGGACAUCACCAAAAUGUACCGCCAGAUUUGGGUACACCCAGACGAUCGCAGACUGCAGCGCAUUUUCUGGCAACAGCCCACGGACCCGGAGGUCCGCGAGUAUGAGCUGACUACGGUCACAUACGGCACCGCCAGCGCGCCUUAUCUGGCCACGCGCUGCCUCAAGCAGCUCUCGUAUGACCACUCCGAGUCUGCGAACGACGCUGCUGCCAAAAUUGGGAGAGAUUUCUACGUGGACGAUCUCCUGAGCGGAGCACCCACGAUCGACGAAGCAGUGCAAGUUCGCGGUGAAGUCCAGAACAUCCUCGGUUCUGCCGGGUUCGAGUUGCGCAAAUGGGCAUCCAACUCUGCCGAGGUUCUCCGCCAAAUUCCCCCCGAGCUGCAAGAUGAACGCUCGCUUUUGGAAAUCGACAGUCCGUCCGACACCACAGUCAAAACUCUGGGCUUACUGUGGCACCCCGAAUCGGACACGUUCCGGUUCAAGGUUCCUGAGUUCUCGCUGGACGGUCCCGUCACGAAGCGAGUCGCAGCAUCUGAAAUGGCCAAACUCUUCGAUCCAACUGGCAUUGUUGGCCCUGUCGUUGUCAAGGCCAAGGUCUUUAUCCAAGGACUGUGGAGAAAAGGCUACUCGUGGGACGCACCUCUGCCCGACAGGCGUGCCGCGGAAUGGCAGACGUUCCGAGACGACUUGGCUGCUCUGAAGACCAUCUCCGUGCCCCGCCUUACAAAGGCUCCAGGCGCUGGUGACCAAGUCGAACUCCAAGGGUACUGUGACGCGUCCAACGACGCAUACGGUGCGUGCAUUUACAUCAAAAGCAAGGGAGCAGAUGGCAAGAUCUCAGUUAACCUACUGACAUCUAAAUCUCGGGUCGCGCACAUUCUACCGAUGCCGAUCCAGCGCUUAGAACUCUGUUCAGCCUUGCUCCUUGCCCACCUGUACUGCCAGGUGGUGGAGAGUCUGGGUCUCCAAAACAUCACAACGUACCUCUGGACGGACUCCAUGGUGACCCUGCACCGACUGCGUGACACACCCGCAAACUAUGACACUUUCGAGAGAAAUCGGAUCGCGGAGAUCCAGCGCCUCACCGACGGCUGCAUCUGGGGUCACAUCGCCGGCAAGGACAACCCAGCCGAUAUCAUCUCACGUGGCGUCAGUCCCAGCGAGCUGAUCGAGAUGCCACUCUGGUGGUACAGCCCACCGGAAACGGAAGAAAGCCCAACCAUGUUCGUCAUGCACGCUGUGCACGAUGAAGAAGACGUCCCUGCAGUGGCAGCGGCCGUCACAAGCCCCCCGGAAGCAGACGAAGAAGAGAACGAGCGGUAUUGGUUGUUCAAGCGGUACUCCACAUUGACGACACUGUUGCGCACCGCAGCGUACUGCCGGAGAUUCGCUACUCUCUGCCGGCUGAAGCGAUCUGACACCCCCGCAACGCUCCCGCCGUACCUGACCUCUGACGAACUAUCGCAAUCCUUGAUCGGCCUGGUCAAGGUAGUCCAAGAUCAGAGUUUCCCGAAGGAGUCAACCUUAAUACGAGCUGGCAGGCUCGCCCAGCUGAAGAAGUCGUGGCGCUUCCUCGACCCAUUUGACGACGAAGGUGCACUCCGCGUUGGUGGCCGGCUGGACAACUCGGCUUACGCAUUCGGCCGAAAACACCCGCUGAUUCUCCCGGCGGAUCAUCCACUGACCGAGCUCGUUUUGGAAGAAACACACCAGCAACUUUUGCACGCCGGCCCGCGCUUGAUGAUCGCACACAUUCGCGAACGGUUCUGGCCGUUCAAUCUCCGUAACUUGGCACGGAAGAAGUUCAGAACCUGUCUACAGUGCUUCAAGGUCCAGCCUCAACUCGAAAGCCAGCUGAUGGGUCAGCUGCCGAAGGUCCGCAUAACCCCGGCCCGUCCGUUUCUCAACACGGGUGUUGACUUCUGUGGACCAGUCUGGAUCAAGCAAUCGACGCGGCGAGGCAGAGCGGUCCCCCCAGUGCGUGCCUACAUCGCGCUGUUUGUGUGUAUGGCAACGAAAGCAACACACAUCGAGCUGGUCAGCGAUCUCAGCACCGAAGGAUUCAUCGCCGCGCUGAGACGAUUUGUGGCCCGCAGAGGACGCCCCCUCAGUCUGUACUGCGACAACGCAACCAAUUUUACUGGGGCAGAAAAGGAACUGAAACUGCUGCUCAACCAAUUUCUGGACCAACAAUUCCGCGAGAAGGUGUCGGCGUACUGCGCGGAAUCCACCAUCCAGUUCCACUUCAUCCCAGCGCGCGCUCCUACGUUCGGUGGCCUAUGGGAGGCCGCAGUACGAGCGCUGAAGCAUCACAUCCGUCGAGUCGUAGGCACAGAAGCUCUCACCACUGAAGCCAUGCAGACGGUGCUCUGCCAGAUCGAGAGCUGUCUCAACUCGCGGCCGCUGACGGCCGUCUCGGAGAACCCCAACGACGUGACUGCCAUCACACCCGGACACUUCCUGGUCGGCUCCGCUCUACAAUCGAUCCCUGAGCCCGACCUCUCCGGUGUCCCCACCAACCGGUUAUCGCUGUGGCAAGCGAUUCAACGGAAGACCCAGCAGUUCUGGAAACUGUGGACAACAGACUAUCUUCACCAGCUCCAGCAACGCACCAAGGACCUGUACCGGCAGCCGAACCUCCUCGUCGGCAAGCUGGUCCUCCUGAAGGAAGACAACCUUCCACCCCUCCGGUGGAGCAUGGGCCGCAUCACCGCAGUUCGUCCUGGUCCGGACGGACUGGUACGGGUCGUAAGCGUCAAGGUUCCGUCGGGCGCUGUCUACGACCGGCCGGUCGUGAAAGUGUGCCUGCUCCCGAUCAACGAUCUCUCACCAGCGGACAACCCAGAAGACGACGAGUCAGCCAGCCAGCCGGCGACCUCCGAAGACGAACAGUGA